UACUUGCUCAUUAGACAGAGGAAAACCGAAUCUGCAGGCAAUACAGAAUCUGGUGUCAUAAUAUUUUCCUCAGGUCCUCAAUCAUAUGAGCUGGUGAAGAACAGAAGACUUGAGUUGCACGCAGUGUAGCUAUACAGCAGAUCACCAGCAAUGCUAGUUUGAUUUGUAACAUUUUUUUAACUUAAAAAGUUGGGUGGAACAUGUGCCUGAAAGUUUAGAAGUGGACGUCUCACAUAACAGAGGAGCCAACACCCCGCACUGCUCAGAUCGUGUGUGUGAGAGAGCCCUGCCCUCUCUGUGUAUUGCUGCCUACCCUAGGGUGCUGGUCUUCUUUGCAGCGCCUUCCUAUGAGCCCUGGCUGGAUCUGUAGCUUGGAUAUUUUCACGUUGAUGGUGUAUAUGCUUUAAAGAAACAGACCUAUUGUAUACCACAAGCAUAAUGGCUUAUGCCAGUGAUGAAACCUCAUUGGAGAUGGACGAAAUAUCAGAGGACGGGGAGAUGAUAGUUUCGGAAGAAAUGGAACAAACCCUGUUUCCUACUUAUGGGACAAUGCAAGCAGAUGCACCAAGAAGUCACACUGCUGAAAUAGUGGAUUUUAAUCUCAAUUCAGAAUCAUUAUACUUCAACGAUCAACAACGACGAAUUGAUUAUGUUCUUGUUUAUGAAGAUGAAAGCAUGAAAGAAAAGACACCAAACAAGAAAAAUGUUCAUUUGAAGCAGAAGAGAAAAAGGCAAGCAUACGAGUCAAACCUCAUGAGAAAUGGCUUACAAUUGGAAGCAACACGGUCUAUAUCAGAUGAAAAACUCAUCUUUGUAAAGGUGCACGCUCCAUGGGAUGUGUUAUGUACUUAUGCUGAAGUGAUGCACAUCAAACUGCCUCUCCAACCCAAUGACCUAAAGACACGUCAUUCAGCAUUUAAUUGGUUCACAAAGAUUUUUACAGUUAAUGAAGAUGUUAUAAAACCGGAACAAGAAUUUUUCACGGCACCUUUUGAAAAGGAUCGUUUUAGUGAUUUUUAUACUCAAGACAAAGAGGCUUUUUUCACACCGGCAACAAGAAGCCGAAAUGUCCAUUUUGUCCUUUCCCGUGUGGAGUAUCCUGUAAAGGAUAAUGUAAAGAAAUUUGCAUCUAACAAACUUUUGGAUUCAGGGAUCUACAAAGCAGCUUUCCCCCUUCAUGAUUGUAGGUUUAAUGAGAAGUCAAAGGAUCCUGGUUACCCUAAUGAAAGAUAUCUUUUGUACAGGGAAUGGGCUCCACUGAGCUUUUACAAGUCGCAGCCUUUGGAUCUUGUAAGGAAAUACUAUGGAGAGAAGGUUGGGAUUUACUUUGCUUGGCUUGGUUUCUACACACAGAUGUUGGUGGUGGCAGGAAUAGUGGGACUUGGAUGUUUCUUGUAUGGAUAUAAAUCUCAGGAAACCUGCACUUGGAGCAAAGAGGUUUGUGAUCCAAAUAUUGGAGGAAAUAUCAUUAUGUGUCCACAGUGUGACAAGGAAUGUACAUACUGGCACCUUAACAUCAACUUGUUCAUCUUCAAAAGGUUCCAUCCUGUAACUAUGAGGAUGAAGAUUUUUGUUGUUGGCGCUUUGAGGUGCUUGUACAGCUAUUUACCCUCUUCCCUUGAGUUUUGGAAGCGAAGACAGGCUGAACUUGAGUAUGAGUGGGACACUGUUGAGUUUUUGGAGCAAGAGGAACAACCUCUUCCAGAGUAUGAAGCAAAGUGCACACAUGUAGUUAUAAACCCAGUAACUCAGCAAGAAGAACAUGUGCCUUACACUACUUUUGGGAAAUGUUUGAGAAUGACAUUCUGUACAAGUGCGGUUCUAUUCUGGAUUCUUUUGAUUGUUGCUUCAGUAGUUGGCAUUAUUGUGUAUCGACUUUCUGUGUUCCUUGUAUUUUCUGCAACUCUACCUCGUCACAUUAAUGGAACAGAAGCAAUUCAGAAGUACUUGACACCACAGACAGCCACUACAGUCACUGCAUCCAUAAUUAGUUUCAUAAUUAUCAUGCUUCUGAACAUGCUGUAUGAAAGAGUAGCAAUAAUGAUAACAGAUUUCGAACUACCAAGGACAAAGACUGACUAUGAAAACAGUCUAACUACAAAGAUGUUUAUGUUCCAGUUCGUAAACUACUACUCCUCAUGUUUUUAUAUUGCAUUUUUCAAGGGGAAAUUUGUAGGGUAUCCAGGAGAUCCAGUGUAUUGGUUUGGAAGAUAUCGUAAUGAGGAAUGUGAUCCUGGUGGAUGCCUACUGGAACUUACAACACAGCUGACAAUUAUAAUGGGAGGUAAAGCCAUCUGGAAUAACAUACAGGAAAUACUUGUACCCUGGAUUAAGAACCUUAUUAGUCGCUGUCGCUCUCCAGGCACAGAAAGGAUAAUGCCACGCUGGGAACAAGACUAUCACUUGCAACCUAUAGGCAAACUGGGAUUAUUCUAUGAAUACCUCGAGAUGGUUAUUCAGUUUGGAUUUGUCACGUUGUUUGUAGCCUCAUUUCCACUUGCGCCCCUGUUGGCGCUUGUUAAUAAUUUGUUGGAAAUUAGGGUUGACGCUUGGAAGAUGACCACUCAGUUUAGGCGUAUGGUACCAGAAAAAGCACAGGGAAUUGGCGCCUGGCAGCCAAUCAUGCAGGGAGUAGCGAUUCUGGCUGUGGUGACAAAUGCUAUGAUAAUUGCAUUUACAUCUGACAUGAUACCUCGUUUAGUUUAUUACUGGUCUUUCUCCGUACCACCCUAUGGAACAAACAGUGAUUAUACAAUGGAAGGAUACAUUAAUAAUACACUCUCAGUUUUUAACAUAAAAGAUUUCAGAAAUCAAAGCAGGCCUGAUCCACUACCUUGGUUUGGUGACGGAACUACAUGCAGAUACCGUGAUUUCCGUUAUCCACCUGGCCAUGAGCAUCAGUAUGAGCACAAUGUAUAUUACUGGCACGUUAUAGCAGCCAAGCUUUCUUUCCUCAUUGUUAUGGAGCAUAUUGUCUACUUUGUGAAGUUUAUUAUAUCAUACAUAAUACCAGAUAUUUCCAAUGAGACCAAAGAAAAAAUCAAGAGAGAAAAGUACCUGACCCAGAAACUUUUGCAUGAGAGUCGUUUAAAGCUUGUGAAAAAACAAAUGGGGAACAUUGCUGAUAGAAUGUUAAAAGGAAUUGACAGCCCAUUUGUAAAUAAAUUAGAGUAAACAUUUAUCAACAUGAAGCAUGAAGAUAUGAAGUAACUGUGGUAAAAAAAAAAACUGGAUGGAACGGCACCUCUAUUAUCGCUGAGUGAAAUAUUGUUAGCUUUUCCUGGUAAUAUGUAUCCUAUUCUUGCCGUGCAAUGAGGACAAUUUGCAUUGAUGAAGUGAUGAAACAUUGUAGGAAAUUGUUACUAAUUUAGAUAAUAUACUUGCAGGCGGUUGCAUACAAGUAACUAGAGUUGAAUUCAUAAGACAAGGCAUUGUCCUAGCACUGUCUGCAAGAUUGGAUGACAACUUUACUCUCAGUUAACUGUUGUGGAGCCUUUCUCUAUUUUACAUUGCCAUUAUCUAUGAAUGAAUUGACGUCAAUUCAUUUUUAUGCCACUGUCACCAAAGGUGCUAAGCUAGAUCCUGGACACCUCACAACUUGACUGAUCGGCUUGUGCACAGCCUCUGGUUUCAUUCCUUGUGAUGUCCUGAGAUAUACAGUAUGUUGCUUGUUUUUUUAUAAACUGGAGCUGAAAAAAACAGUACACUGUACUCCAUAUACAUGUGGCAGUUUAUCAGAUAUUCGUUGUUUGUUAUGCCUGGUUCAUAUGUUAUAAUAGAUACAGAUUGCUGUAUAAUGUAAAACAGGGGUUUAUAGAAUGGCAGCAAUGAAAUUCACUUGCAGACCUGGUGAAAAAUAUUUUAGUUCUAAAUGAAUAAACUACAAUGAACCAUUCAAUAUGUACACUAAGAACCUUGUAUACUGGAUUUACAUGUGACUAGGUGGCGAGAUAGUACAGGAGGUUUGCAUUCUGCCCCCAGGCUUUAUGUUGAAAACCCUUGUUCUAAAGGGAAAAUGUGCCACAAAUUAUUCUGUUAAAGAGAAAAAAAACAUUGUAUAGCUAGCUUUGCUUCCUCAAAUUUUAGCCUCUGGGACUAAUAUUUGUUUUGGUGCUGUUAUUUUUUUUUUUAAAGGGACAUGAAACCUAAAUAUUUUCUUUCCUGAUUAAGAUAGAGCAUGUAAUUUUAAACCACUUUCCAAUUUAUUUUAUAACAAUUUGUUUUAUUCUCUUUGUAUCCUUUGUUAAAAAGUAUACUUAGGUAGGCUCAGAAGCUGCUGAUUGGUUGCUGAACGUAUAUACCUCUUGUCAUUUGCUUUUAGCUAUCUCCCUGUAUUGCAUUGCUGCUCCUUAAACAAUUUAUGUCAAUAGAAUAAAGCAAUUUAAUUAAAAGAUCAUACAAUUUUAUACAACUUUCCAAUUUACUAAACUUCUAAAUCAUGAAAGAAAAAUUGUGUGUUUCAUGUCCCUUUAAUCUUAUUUCCAACUGGGUCUGCUGUUAGAUUAAAUACCACUAGAAAAUUAUUCUUAACAGUGCCAAAAUGUAAAAUAAUUGAAUCAUCCAUAUACAGACUUUGAGAAUGAACAGGUAAUAACCACUAUUAAGAAGUGUUUGCUAACUUUUCUUAUUUGCAAACGUUUCAGUUUGUUGCCUUUUUUAGCAACAAAAUUGUUAAAAUUUGUGAUAAUUAACACAUUAAGAAAUUCUGAAAACCUGACUCAUCAAGUUUUGAGUGUACCUUGUGCUACUGGUGCUAGUCUAAAUUUAUCAACAUCACUUCCAGUCUUCAGUGUGCAGUUGUAUGUGACAUUUUUGUCUAAUUGUAAUUACCAAAUGUUCACUUGGGCAUACUCCGUAAAAAUGUAGCCUGUAUAGAAGAAUCAGACAGUUUUGUGAAGUAUAAUGGUUAUAGCAAAAGAAGGUUAGAACCCUAUAUAAUGCCAAGGUACGUUGUUAAAGCCCAUUCUUACAUUAAAGUGAUGGUAAAGUUUCCAAUUUGUAUAAUCGGAUCCAGAACGGAAACUUAUUUUAGAUGGGCUUUAAUUCAUUCUUUCUAAUGAAUAUAUGCAAUAACUUAGUUAUUUCUAAUACCCCUGCAGCUCACUUCAAAAGUAUUUUUUUUUUUUUGUGAGCUAAUGCUUCUGACUCCAAUCAGAGCUCUAGCCAUAUGGCACUUACAAAAAAAAAUUUCUAGCUAGAGCGCCGAUUGGAGAACAGUCAAAACGGUUAGCUCACAAGAUAAAUUACUUUUGAAGUGGGCGGUCAAAAGCACAGGGUAAUAGAAUUUCAUUGCUAUAUUAAAAAGUAAGUCCUACUAAAAUAUUAUUUCCAUUCAGCUCUGAUUUUACGAAUUAGAAACUUUAUCAUCACUCUGACCAUUAUAGUUUAAAAAAAAAUGACAUGCUGCUUUAUUAGAUAAUGUAAUUUUAUCACUUUCGAUCCUGCAUACCUAUAUGUUUUAACUCCUGCAAAUGGGUUAAACACAAAGGUACACUACCACUCUGGGGCCACACUGCUUGUCCCAAGCAGAAAAUUCUGCUGACCAAAUCGGUAACACUAUGCACUACCCAAUUUUGCAACUAGCACCACUGAUCACAUUGAUCUCUGUAACUCUCAUUACAUUUACACACAGCUUUUUAAGAUAUAUCUAUCUUCUUCUCCUCUGAGAGUGUAAUACUCCAAGAGGUAUAGAAAAAUAUUUUAUUAAAAAAUCUGUAGACUUACCUUUUUAAUAUGAUCCUUUAUUCAGUGCACUAACACUUUUUUCAGCUAAUAUUAUAUUUAAAUCCUAUUUAUGUUUUGUACCUUAUUACAAAUAAACUACCAAUGUGUUGCAAUCACCAGAUACUUUUCAAAAUUGUUGUUAAGGUCACUCUAGAUCAGGGACGAACAAACUACAGGCUACGAGCCUUUCAAGGAUUUUUUGUGUCCCUCAACACAACUAAAUAGAAAUCAGUAAUUUAUCGAAAAAGAAGUUUCACAAUUUUCAUUAAUAAUUAUGCAUGUGUAUUUGUGCCAAAUUUUGUACAUUUUAUUAUUAUAUAUUAACAGUAACAAUUAUUUUUUUAGUUUAAAAUAUGAUUAUAAUAAAUGUAUUUAUUAUUUUUUAAUUGUAUUUUGUGAUACCCUACAAUUAGUGCCUCCCUAUAAAAAAACAUUUUGGCACCCCUGCUUUAUAGUAGACAUAGAGUCUAAAGAAGACCCUUUCUUUAUUUUUUCUUUAGUAAUAUUUAAAGAAAAAAUGUUAUUCCCUGGUGAUCAACUUCAGCCAUUUUUGCUACCAGAACAUGUUUUUGGUAUACAAUAAACCUUCUUGCUACAAAUAUUUGAGCUAUAUAUUGAACUAGAAGCAAGCAAGAUAACUAGUUUAUUUACUUAGGUGUAUUCAUUGCAACUUUCAGGUUUAAGAGACAGUCUACACUAGAAUUUUUAUUGUUUAAAAAUAUAGAUAAUCCCUUUUGUACCCAUUCCAUAGUUUUGCAUAACCGAUACAGUUAUAUAAAUACACUUUUUUACCACUGUGAUUACCUUGUAUCUAAGCCUCUGCAAACUGCCCCCUUUAUUUCAGUUCUUUUGACAGGCAUCCAUUUUAGUCAAUCAGACCUGGCUCACUGGAACUCAACAUGCGUGAGCACAGUGUUAUCUAUAUGAUACACAUGAACUAACACCCUCUAGUGGUUAAAAACUGUCAAAAUGCCCUGAGAGAAGAGGCAGCCUUCAAGGGCUUAGAAAUUAGCAUAUGAACCUCCUAGGUUUAGCUUUCAACUAAGAAUACAAAGAGAACAAAGCAAAAUUGGUGAUAAAAGUAAAUUGGAAAAUUGUUUAAAAUUACAUUCUCUAUCUGAAUCAUGAAAGUUUAUUUUGGACUAGACUGUCCGUUUAAACUUCAGGAUAUUUGAUGCAAUUCUUGUUACUGAGCAUAAAGUUCAAUGUUUCUGACAAAAAAAAAUAAAUAGGCAGUAUUUAUAUCUCUGCGUCACACACAUUUGUAAACUUGAGAUUUUUAUGACGGACUUUGAUCAUGGUGUCCUUUUUUUAUUUUUUAUAUAUUCUGUUUAAAUGUUAGUAAAAAAAAAAAAAAAGGUAUUUGAAUGCAACAAUAAAAACCUUUAUGAACUGACUUAAGGCAGAUAAGACUAAAACUAUACCAGUUGAACGACACCAUUCUGAGCAUCAUAAGACUGGGAAAAGACUUAAGCAAUGUUUUAAUGAAACUGGACAGAUGAUAGUGUAUGAAUAGCUACACAGUGAGGACAUGCUCUGCUCUUAAAUAAAAACCAAUCUGGUAUCCAGCUUCUCCAGCAGGAAUCAGAGAUCUAAUUACCCUAUCUAUGCAAGAGAUUUUGGCAACGAGUUGCUGAAUUUACACUAAUGUUUGCUUCAAGACCAGAGUGCUUUUCUAUACUUAUUAUUCCUUACAAUGUAUGCCAUUUAGUGCACAUUUACACCACUAUAAUGAUUUAUUUAUUCUAUAUCAAAUUAUCUAUGUAACGCAACAGAUUAUUUCAAUAUUUUGACAUCUAAUAUGCAUUUAUGUACAACUGAUAGCUUCUGUUUUAUUAUACAGGGAGGCUAUGUUCUUCAUGGUUUUUAAUAUUGUAAAGAUCAUGCUGAAAUGUGAUUUGUUUCUAUGUAUACAUUGUAUUUGGUGUUUGCCUGUUUUAUUGUGCAAGCAAACUAUUUUUAUUAAAAUUAUUUUGUCUACUGUUAAUAAAUUUCAUAUAAAAGA